AUGCAUUAAUUUGAGAAUGAAACAAAGAAAUUUUUGGAAGAAUUAAAAAAUGGAUCUAGCAAUAUUUUAGUAUUUGGUAUUUUAAUAAAUUAGGUAGCAAUAAGAGUUAGACCUUUAAACUAGAAGGAGAGAAGUGUAUCAGAGUUUGAAACAAUAAGAAUAUUAGAUGGUAAAAUGAUAGUAUUGAUGGAUCCAGAAUCAGAAAGAGAUGAUGAUGUAUAUUUGAUAUAAUAUAUAAUAGUUAUUAAGAAAAAAUAGAUUGAAAGAAACAAACUUUGCAUUUGACUUUGUAUUUGAUUAAUGGACGCCAUAAUAGAAGAUAUAUGAAAACACAACAGAGUUUUUAUUGGAAGGAGUAUUGGAAGGUUUCAAUACAACAGUGUUUUGUUAUGGUGCAACAGGUUCUGGGAAGACAUUUACGUAUAAAUAAUAGAAUUUACAAUAGAAUGAUAGGAACACCAUAAGAAGUAGGUUUAAUGCCAAGAGCAUUACAAUCUUUAUUUAAUUAUUCUUAGUCAGAUAGAUUUAAAGACACAUAAUUUAAGAUUUCAUAUGUUGAAAUCUAUAAUGAGAAUAUUAGAGAUUUAUUGACAUCAGAAGAUAAAAAUUUAGAAAUUAGAGAAGAUAAAAAUAAUGGUAUAUAAAUAGCAGGUGUUAUUGAAAUUGAUGUUAAAACAGUUAAUGAAGUGUUAUCACUUUUAAAGGUUGGCAAUAGAAAUAGAUCUAAAGAAGCAACAGAUGCAAAUAAAGAAUCUUCUAGAUCUCAUGCAAUAUUAUAAAUACAAGUAUAAUGUAAAGAUAAAGCUGCUGGAUUAUAAGAAUAAAUUAUUUAAAGUAAAUUUAGUUUAGUAGAUUUGGCUGGGAGUGAAAGAGCAGCAAAUACAAAUAAUAGAGGUUAAAGAAUGGUUGAAGGCGCUAAUAUUAAUAAAUCAUUAUUGGUUUUAGGAAACUGCAUUCAAUCAUUAUCAGAAGCGAAUGAAAAAGGAAUCAAAAAUCCAUUCAUUCCUUUUAGAAAUUCUAAAUUAACUAGACUAUUAAAAGAUUCAUUAGGUGGAAAUUGUAGAACUGUUAUGAUUUCUAAUGUUACACCUUCUGUUUCUAGUUUUGAAGAAACCUAUAAUACUUUAGUCUAUGCUAAUAGAGCCAAGAAUAUUAAAACUGUUGCAAAUAGAAAUGUUUUAGUUGCAUAAAAUCAUAUCAGUAAUUAUGCAUAACUCAUUCAAAAUCUGCGAUAAGAAAAUGAAGAACUUAAAUUGUUGAUUCAACAAUAAUAGUUAAACUCCAUUACACCUUAAUCAAGUAUUUAAAUAAAUCUAUAUAAUAGGAUUACCUUCUAUUACUUAAAAAACUAUUUCUGUCCCCUAAUUAAGCUUGAAGUAAUAGGUCAAUGAAUUAGAAUCUAUUAUUAAUUAAAAUAUUUCUGAUAUUAUUGAAGCUAAAAAUAAAUUAUAUGAUAUGGAACAAUAAUAAAAUCAUUACUAAUAAAAUAUUGGUUUCCUAUAAUAUUAAAAAGGUCGUACUUAAGAUAAGUUUGAUUAAAUGAAAUUAUUAGAAAAAAUAGAUAACGCUAAAACAUAAAAAGCUAUUCUAAAACAAAGCGAAGAUGAUAUGAAACAAUAAUUACUUGAAUAUGACAUUAGAAAAGUUGAUAUCUCAAAAUAAGUUUUAUAAAUUCAAGAUUUAAAUUAAAAAAACUAUUUGUAAGGAAUCAUCAAAUAAGGAGAACUUAAAAUAGUAAUUAUUAUAACAAUAAUCAAUUAGGAAAAUGUUGAACUUCAAAUUUAAGAAAAAAGAAGAAGAUAUUAAGAAACAAUUUAAGAUGAAUAAGUUAGAUAAUUAAGAACUUAAAUUCAUUAAUAAUAAUAAACUAAACAUGUUCAAAGUGCAAAAUCUAAAUCUAGUUAUUAAAAUGGACCUAAAAAAGUUCCUAGUUUACCUGGAGUUGAUUCUCCUUACUAUUAAAUUACAGGAGGAUAAACUCAUAUUGUUUAAAGGUAUUUCUAUAUAAUAUAUAAUAGGCAUUAAAAAUAAAAAUCUCAUCUUAAAUUACCUCCUGUUUUAUAAAUGGGUUAAUUUUAAAAAUCUCCUAAAACCUAAAAUUCAAAUUUAAACAAUAGGAAUUAUAAUUUAAUAGAUAAUCCACUUAAAUAUCGAAUGGCUCAAAGAUAUACAACUAGAUUAAAUAGACCUCCAUCUUAUCGUCCUCCAAGUUCUUCUAGAAAAUCUGCCUUAGGAAAAUAUGUUAACAGAUCUUUGGAUUUAGACAGCGGUAGAGAAAGUGUCAACAAAAGUUCUGGAGAUUUGUAAAAUUCAGUUAGUCUUAGGAAACUUAAAAAACUUCAUUAAGAAUAUUAAUAAUAAAGAUUUGAGAGAGUCAUGAGUGGUAAAAAAAAUUAAAAGUCUAUGCCAUAUUUUGGCAGCAAGAUUCUUUUGCCAGGAAUGGUUCACAAAUCACCUUAUGUUAAAAACUUUCAAAAUAAUCAAGAACCAAUUGAAGUAAAAAAAGAAAGAUUAAAAAUGCUCAAUAUUAAUCUUAAAGCUUAAUAUGGCGAUAAAUUUUCGAUGCAAAAUUGA